UAGUCAACACAGCUUUCAAGUGCAAGCGGGUCCAAUCGUAGUGUCGAGUCAGAGGAACUGCUCGCCCACCGUAACACACAUUCAGCCGGAUUUAACUCAGUAAAAUCUUCUGUAUGAUCGGGGGACACCAAAACGCAGUAUGGUCCGGGAAACCAGACAUUUAUGGGUGGGGAAUUUACCAGAAAAUGUACGAGAGGAAAAAAUUAUCGAGCACUUCAAACGGUAUGGACGUGUGGAGAGUGUCAAGGUGCUCCCAAAACGUGGAUCAGAGGGUGGAGUGGCAGCUUUUGUGGAUUUUGUGGACAUUAAGAGUGCUCAGAAAGCUCAUAAUUCUAUCAACAAGAUGGGAGACAGGGACCUACGCACUGAUUACAAUGAGCCUGGAACUAUUCCCAGUGCAGCUCGAGGCCUGGAUGAUAGCCUGUCCAUAGCCACUCGUGGGCGGGAUGUUUCAGGGUUCACAAGGGGGGCGGGGGGCCCUGUGUAUGGGCCCCCUGUGUCACUCCACAGCAGAGAGGGACGCUUUGAACGCAGACUAGACGGGGCUGCGGACGGUCGAGAGCGGUCUUACGAUCACAGUGCCUAUGGACACCAUGAGCGUAGCAGCAGCAACAGCAGUAGUUUCGAUCGCCAACGUCACUACGAAACUGAUUAUUACAGAGACUCUAGGGACCGGGCCCUCAGUGGAGCUAGCGGGAGUGCCAGUUCUGCCAGUGGCAGCAUUGGAGGCGGCUCAUCAGGGGCCAGUGUAGGUGUUGCAGGGAGUGUUGCAGGAAGCAGCGGUGCUGGUGGAAACAGUAGCAGCGCUGCUGGAGUAGGAAGUGGCAGCUCGACACCGGGAGGCAUUGUCUACUAUGGUUCACGAAGCCGGAGCCCUACUCGUUUUGAGACUACAGAGACUCGCUAUGAGUUCCGUGCCCGUGAAGCUUUCACACUCGCCAGUGUGGUCCAUCGGGAUUUAUACAAAGAAAGAGGCAGACGAGGAGAAAGGACAUACCACCACAGUCGCAGUCGUUCACCACACUCUUCGCAAUCACACAAUCCAUCACCACAGAGGCUGCCGAGUCAAGCAGUGCGGCUGGCAUGCUCCCGCAGUGGCUCAGGAUCCCGCAGUCGUUCCUCCAGCUCUGACUCUGUCAGCAGCACCAGCAGCAGCGGCAGUGGCAGUAGUGAUUCCAGCAGCAGUUCCAGUGAUCAGUCUCCAGCUAGAUCUGUUCAGUCAGCAGCUGUACCUGCCCCUCCUGCUCAGCCCCUACCUUCACUGGACAAAGAUGAACCUCGCAAAAGUUUUGGUAUCAAAGUGCAGAAUCUCCCUGUGCGCUCAACAGAUACAAGCCUGAAGGAUGGUCUUUUCCAUGAAUUUAAGAAACAUGGCAAAGUCACAUCAGUUCAAAUCCAUGGUGCCUCUGAGGAACGAUAUGGAUUAGUGUUCUUUCGCCAGCAAGAGGACCAAGAAAAAGCUCUAAGUGCAUCUAAAGGGAAGCUGUUUUUUGGCAUGCAAAUUGAUGUCACUGCUUGGCAUGGCCCAGAAACAGAGAGUGAGAAUGAGUUCCGACCUUUGGAUGAACGUAUAGAUGAGUUUCACCCCAAAGCUACAAGGACUUUAUUCAUAGGAAAUUUGGAGAAAACCACAACUUAUCAUGACCUGCUUAACAUAUUUCAGCGUUUUGGAGAGAUUGUUGAUAUCGAUAUAAAAAAGGUAAAUGGUUCCCCACAAUAUGCCUUUCUCCAGUAUUGUGACAUAGCAAGUGUCUGCAAAGCAAUUAAGAAAAUGGAUGGUGAAUACCUUGGCAACAACAGGUUAAAGCUUGGUUUUGGCAAAAGUAUGCCUACAACAUGUGUAUGGUUGGACGGCUUGUCCUCCAGUAUUACCGAACAGUAUCUCACAAGGCAUUUUUGUCGUUAUGGACAUGUUGUAAAGGUUGUGUUCGACCGACUAAAAGGAAUGGCCCUCAUCUUGUAUAAUAAUAUAGAGUAUGCACAGGCCGCUGUCAAGGAAACAAAGGGUUGGAAAAUUGGAGGAAAUAAAAUAAAGGUUGACUUUGCCAACCAGGAAAGCCAGAUGGCUUUUUACCGUUCAAUGCAGGCAUCUGGACAAGACAUAAGAGAUUUCUAUGAAAUCAUAAAUGAACGAAGAGAUGAGCGCCGACCGCCAUAUCAUGAGUUCACAGCUGAACGGGCAUACUAUGAGAAUGUGCAUUCCCCAGGUUCCUACACAGAGGAUCCACGUCGGAAAUAUCCUGCCAGAAGUCGAGAGUUUUAUUCAGAAUGGGAUCCUUAUCAAGGAGAUUAUUAUGACCCACAAUACUAUGAUGACCCCCGUGAAUACAGGGAUUAUAGAGACCCAUAUGAGCAGGAUAUUCGGAAGUACAGCUACUUACAAAGAGAGCGUGAAAGGGAAAGAGAGCGAUUUGAAACGGAUCGUGAACGAGACCACGGUCGACGAACAAUUGAACACAAUCAAAGCCCAUCCCAUCCACGUCGUCCUGCUAGUCCUGCUGCCUCCCCAUCCCUUUCCGAACAUCCUCCCAGUGACUCUGAACAUCAUGUUUACAGCCGCUCAUCUGAGCGAAGUGGCAGCUGCAGCUCACUUUCUCCACCACGACUUGAAAAGCCAGAUAAAAUUUGUUUGGAGAGGCACAAUAGGAGUGAUAAAUCAGAGAAAGACAAAUCAAUUUUUGAGGCAGAGCGUGGAAAUGGAGGAGAAAAAGACCGACAUGCUGGACGUAAGGAAAAAGGUGACAAGGACAGGACUGAGAAGCAAAAGCUGAGGAAAUUGAAACUUGCAUCCCCUACUGUUCCAUCAUCAGAGCCAGGCAUUGAACUUGACAGGGACACCAGCCCAGACGCUAUCUUAACUCUGCAAGGUAAAUCCAGCAAAUCAUUAAACAAAGACUACUCUGGAAAAGGAAAACUUGAUCUGCCACCUUGUGUUGUCCAGCUGACAAGAGUAAAGGAGAAGGAAGGGAAGUUAAUAGACAGUAUCCUCAGUGAGAAACAAAAAACAAAGGUUGGGAGUGACCCUGUUCGGUCUCCAACCACCCCACCCUCUGCUGAUCACAAAAGUAUGCCUUUCCGCAUAGAGACUCAGGCUAGAGAUUUCUUUAAGCAUGGAAAACAUCUCAAGGAGAAAGGCUUGGCUAGUCAAGUUGAGGUUGUGGAUAAAGACGGAAAAGUGAAAAACAAAAAAUACUUCAAAACUGAUUUUGCAUUUGACACUAGCUCUUCUGUGGAUGCCGACCGCUUGGCUGCACGGAAGAGGCGCUUUGAAGAAACUUCUGGAAAGGCUGACAAUUUAAGGAAGAUAAGUCAGGAGGAGGAUGAAGUGAAGUUAAGGAGAAUUAUUGAUGAAUCAUUGCUGAAAGACAUUGAUUAUGAUAAAAAGAUGCAACAAAAAGAAGCGUAUAAAAGAGAAAAAAUGAAGCUAGAGAGGAUGAUUACUGUUAGUACUACAAAAGAAGAGCUAGACACUGUAAUGUCAGUAGGCCUCAGUCUAGACCUUCAGGCUCGACUUGGGGAACCAACUGAGGAGGCAACAGAUCCCUUAGAUAGCCUUGAUCAAAAGACCAGUACUGUUGGAGCUCAAAGUCAACCAAGUUUCAGUCUUGCAGUCUCUGAUGAUGGAAGUAUAGAUAUGGAAUUUUCAAGAGACCAAGAACAGCAGCACUUAACUAGCUACCACAUACUCUCCUCAAGGCUAGAAAGAGAUUCUGAAAGUAAAGAAAGUUUGCUCUCAGACAUUGAUCACUCGCAGAGUUGCAGAAAACAAAUGGAGCAGAACCGUCUCCUACAUCAGCAAUUGUUAGAGUAUGAUAAAUCUGAUAAAACUGAAAGCACACCCAGCACUGAUGCAGAGGACUUUGAGCAUCGAAGUCUUGUGCAUGAGAUAGGAAAACCACCUCAAGAUGUAACUGGCGAUUCACCACCCAGCAAGCGAAAGAAGUCAGGACCAUUUGAAUUUGAUUUUGGCACUAAAAGACAGAGAGAUUAUCAGAGGUUCAGACAGAUAAAUGAUGAACCUGAAAGGAGACUUGCUUCACUUCCAGGGACACCCUUUGCUGAGGAUGCAUCACAAUUGCUGGAAAAAGAGCCAGAUUCACCUGUGGAAAUGAAUAAAAAUUGCUUGCAUUUUGAUGUAUCAAAAUACAAUAUUGGCAACGCAGUGCGCCAAGGGCUUUCAUCGCAUGCAGAGAUUUUGAAAGUGAAAACAUCAGUCACAGAAGAGGAGUUCUGUUGGGAGAGCAAUAUUAGGCAGAGCACAUUGAGAGGAGAAAUGAGCUUCCCCACUAGCAUUGUUAAACGGGAAAGUAUCCGAAAACGUCCAGAACGUGAAUUAGAACCCGGGGAGGUUCAGACAGACUCUGAUGAAGAUAGUGAAAGCAGACACCUUUCACUAAAGCCAAACUUUUUCAAAAGAGAGCAUGAAGAGAGGCUUUCAGUUGUGAAGUCUUCUGAGUCACUUGAAAAGAACAAGUUCUAUGAAUUUGCAUUGGAUAAGACCAUAACACCAGACACCAAAGCUUUGCUUGAGCGUGCUAAGUCACUGUCCUCAUCUAGGGAAGAAAAUUGGUCUUUCCUUGGUCAUGACUCACAAUUCAAAAGCUUUCGGAAUAGCACAGACAAAGAGAAGUCUGAACCCACUCCAAGGCCAAUUCCUUCUUGGUACAUGAAAAAAAAGAAAAUUCGCUCUGAUUCUGAUGGAAAGCUUGAUGGUAAAAAGAAGGAUGCCAAGCCUGAUGAACAAGAACGACAAGAGCUCUUUGCUUCACGCUUCCUUCAUAGCUCUAUCUUUGAACAGGACUCAAGGCGACUUCAGCACCUUGAGUGGAAAAAUAAUGACCCUGAAGUUAGAGUUGGUAGAGAUAGUAUUACAAGUGAUUCCCAAGGGGAACAAGUUGGAACAGGAGGAUCAGACCUCUCUCAAGAACCAAGAGUACUUUUUCAUAGUCGUUUCUUAGAACUUCAGCAAAGAGAUAAGAACCAACAGCUGCCAGUUUCGGAAAGAUUUAGUCUAACUGAGGAGGAGGAGGAGGAGGAGGAGGAAAAGACAUUGGAUGAAGAGUUUGGGCCUUCCCCCAAUGUAUCAGAAAUUUCCCAAGAGUUAACAGUUAGUCAUAUUCCAGCUACAGCAUCACCAAUGUCUCGGUCUAAAGUUUCAGAAACUUCUGUGCAGCAUGACAAGGCAGUUUUGCCCUCUACAUUAACAAACAAAGAUGGUCCAGAAAUAGUGAAUAAGCAGUCAGAAGAUGCUCCAGUAGAUUCUCUGCCAUCAAUUAGCCUAAAGGAGGAGAACACAGCUGUUACAGUGAGUGCUAUGCCCACUGAACCCAUGAUAAAAGAAGAUGUAACUGUCAAAGAACUUAAUGAAAAGCUGAGCGAGUCCAUAAGAGCUGUAAACCCACCUGUUGAACUGGAUAUUGAUGUCAAACCUCUUACUCCUGCUGCAUCUCCAAGUAAUAUUGAGCCAGAAUGUGAUCCUUUUCAGGCAUCUUCUGCAACAUUUUCAAAGCCCAGUCAACCUCAAGAGAUCGCAGAGCUUUCAGAAACAAAAACAGAACCUGUUUAUGCUUCUCUUCACAAGGUUGCAUCCCCACUGGAUGUGGAGCUGCCAGAAACAGAACCUGAGGUUGAACAGGUACAGCCACUACAUAAACAACCCAAGAGUAAAAAGGUAAAAACUGUCUCACCAACACCAAUCCCUCAGGUUGCUAAUGAGAAACCAGCUACACGAAAGAGUGAACGCAUUGAUAAAGAAAAGCUGAAAAGAUCCUCAUCUCCCAGAGGAGACUCUACAAAACUUAUUGCUGACCCCAAAAACUCGGCAAAAUCUCCAGUUCAUGCAACAGAUUCAGAUCAGGGCCUUGAAUCAAACACAAGCCAUGGCAAAACACGGCAGAGACGGAAUGUGCGAUCUGUCUAUGCAACACCCCAUGAGGAUGAGGCUUCUCAACAACCAGGAAAAGAAAUUACAGAACCUCCUCGUUCAACCCGUAAGCGCUGUAGCGAUAAGGAGGCUGCAACACAACAUAUGGUAACCACACCUGGCAAGAGAGGUCGUCCACCCAAGACUCGCAAAAGAGGUGAUGAUAUGUCUCCAGUUAAAGGAGAUCAGACAAAAAAUUCUGAGAGUGAAGAUACUGAAAGUAAGGAGUCAACAAGUAGUGGAGAAAUAUCUAAAACAGCAGAGACUUGGCGCUCUCCGCGAUCCCAAAAGGGGCAGUCUUCACCAAUAAGAGCAGGGCAAAUUAGAAAAACAUUGAAAUUGGACAAAGUUUCAAGUAGCCCAGAACCCAUUCAGCCAGACACAGCAGCGGUUGAUGUGUCACCUGCCCUAGAUCACCAGAAUGAAUCCAAAGAUGAAACUUCAAUGCAAGUUGGACAAUUGUCACAAGAUACCAAACAACAUAACAUAUCUAAAAGAGAAAAGGGACUUGCACAUCCUGCUGAAGAAAAAUCAACAGAUAACAAUAUAGAAAUCACUUCUGUAGAAAAAACACCGGCAUUAGAUCAGAAGAAAGUCGAGGCAUCAAGGUCAACCCGGAACACCAAAUUGAUACCUGAUGAUAAGUCUGUCAAUGUUGGUAAUCUCACUGUGGAUACAGUUAAGGAUGCCCUUCAUUCAGGUGAUAACAAAGUUGUAAGUUUGGAAGGGUCUUUGAAAACCAAAACCACACAGAUAGUAAACGAAGACUCAAACAUCCCAAUUUACCACAAAGAGGAAGAUGUUCACAGUCCUGAGGAAAAGGAGGAGACUCUUUCAGAAAUGGAGCCUCCUACUGAUCCUGUGGCUGCCUUGCUUGCCCGUCAAAUGGAACUGGAAAGGGCAGUGGAGAAUAUUUCAAGACUUACAGAUGAACAGCAUCCAGCACCUUACAAAGAGCCUCGUGCUGAACCAGCUACCCUAACAUCACCAGUUAUAGUACAACGUGCAGAUGAUGCAGAAGUAGAAAAGCCUGCCAAUCCAGCAAGUGAAACUGAACUGGCUGCUGCAAUUGAUUCCAUUACUGCUGAGGAUAUAUCAGGGGAUGCAGAUGGAUUCUCUGCUCCAACAACAUAUACAGCCCUCCUUCCCACCCCAGAGACGCUUGUUUUGCCAGUAUCAAGUGAGGUUAUUGAACCUGAGACGGACUUAACUGUAAAGACUAUUGUAAAAUCUGAACAAGGUAGUGUUAUGGUUCCAGAUUCUAAAUCGUCUCAAACAAGUAACACAGAUACUUCACUCACAGAGUCUCCAUUAUCAGAGGCAGCCAAAAAAGGAGGAAGAGCACGACCAAAAACACCAAAGAAAUCCAGAGGACGGAAGGUUUCUUUGAACAGAAAAUUAGAUCUCACUGAUGAUGCAGUGCUGGAACCUGAAUCCACUAUUGUCAAACUUCCAGAAUCUAUCCCAGAAGAGAUUCAAACUGCCAACCCUAAGGCAGCAACUUCAGCAGCUGCAGCAGCUGUGGUUACAGUUGCUGCUGCAUGUAAACAUGAAGCUACAGCUACAGUGACUUGUGACACACCAAAAGAGGCAGAACAGCCUGCUGUUGACCAGCCUGAACCUCAAGAAUCUGCCUUCCACUCUGGGAAUAACAGUCCUUCUUAUUUAAGGACAAAACAGCCAUCUCCUGAACUAGUAGCACCUGCCUUUACUUCACCUACAACUUGCCUGAAUUCACCUGCAUCAUCCAAGGCUCCUCUCACGCCCCCUGAGUGGAACACUAGAACAGAGGAGAAAGGAAUUCCACCGAAACCACAAGUUAGUGUGGCACUGUCUACACCAGGAGUUGAGGGACCCCCAGCAAAUCCCCCCAUGCCCCCUGACACAAAGGCCUCUGAUAUUGACCCAAGCUCCAGCACACUGCGAAAGAUUCUAAUGGAACCGAAGUAUGUGUCUGCUUCAAAUAGCAAUGCUGUCCCAAGUAUGCAGUUCACUACCACAUUAGCAGAUCCACGGAUGUCUGAUAAUAAAAAUUCAGUUGAGGCUGUGCUGCCUUUAAAGACUUCUCUACCCGAAGACAGACCUAGCCCUGUAACUCAAUUUGUACCCCGUACAGCACCAACCCAGCCACCUACUCUGCAACAAUGUGAGUCACCACAGAUCCUAAAGGAGAAACUGGCUAUAACUUCCACCGCUACUUCAGUCAUUAGUCGGAUCCCUAUGCCCUUUGAUUUUGAGGACACUCCUCGCAUCUCGUUAAGCAACCGUAGCCCUGGUAUGUCCUUACUCAAGCAGAAGUAUCGUACAGGCUUGAAUGAAAAUAGCAGGUAUCAGGGGCUUAACCCCUCUGAUGAUGCCGGAAGUGUUGGGCGCCCUGUUGUCGGAAGCACACAUUGUAACACAGGGUCAAGUACUGGUUUGAGGGUCAAUACAUCCGAAGGUGUGGUAGUUUUGAGUUAUUCUGGACAAAAGACAGAGGGACCACAGCGGAUAAUUGCUAAAAUAAGUCAAAUCCCACCAGCCAGUGCAGUGGAUAUAGAGUUUCAGCAGUCUGUAACAAAAUCACAGAUAAAACAAGAACCACCAACUCACCCCUCUACUCCAAAAGGAUCACAGACACCCACAGGUUAUGGACAUCCAGGGGUAGUAUUAGCGGGCCAAACAUUCAGUGCUCAGCCUGUUAUUUCCUCAAUUAAUCAGGAAAGUCCUAGUUUUGAAAAAUCCGAACCAUCCUACCACACUGGCCAACAAGGAGGUUCUGUGAAAACCUUCCAACAAUCCACAAGCCAUCCUCAACUUCUGAGGUACGGUCAGUCAAUUAUGCAGCAGCAUCAUAUUAAGAAAAAUGGAGCAACUGAAAGCGUUUCAAUUAAAGCUGAUAUAAAACCAUCACAUACCUUCAAUAUUAAACCAGUUUUAAGCCCACGCCACCCAUCUUUGGCAGGCAAUCACAUUUUAACUCCUAGUGCUCCACAUGAAAGAGUGGUCUCACAACCCAAGCAAGAUUCACAUUCUCCAAGGGCGUCAGGCCAUUCUACGUCCCCCUUUCCAAAAGUUUGCCCUCCUACCAGCUCAGUUGUUUUGGGACCAACUGGCCCUAGAUCUCAGUAUGUGUCAAAUAUACACCAUGCUGAGCAGUCAGUUAUCAUGCCCCCUCAUAGUGUCACCCAGUCUGUGCCCAUAGGUCAUUUGUCCCAAGGAGAUGUCAGAGCCAGUACUCCAUCGUUAUCUGGAAUAGGUUAUGGAAUCCGUUCAGAAAACCUGUUAUCGCCUCGAUCUGCACCUCCACAGCGCUCCACAACACCUCAGCCUGCAGUAAUCAGAGAUGUUGUACUGAAGUCACAUGCAAGUUCAUCUGGUGAUGGUCUUGUUGUUGGGACAAGCAAUGAUGAUAUGCAGAGUCUCCCUCAAGGACUUCGUAGAGCUUCUGCACCACAGUUACAACCGGAAAGCAUAGUAAUGCAGCCUGAAUUCAAAGGUCUGCAUCACAGGGCAUUGCGUCUAGAUCAGUAUGCCAGAGAUGUACGUCUGCUUGUGCACCAGCAUUUGACUGACCAUUCAGGUGUUGUUGAAAGUCGCCAAACUCGAACACCAGAGACAAUGCAGUCAUCUUCACACAUAUCAUCUGCUUCUAAAGCCUCGCCUGUGGUAAAGAAUGCUCCACAGACUGUGAGGGAUGCAUCAAAAGCAAUGGAGCUCAAGAUGCCACUCUCCCCUCACUCAGACAAUAGGAUAAUAGGACACCCACCUGGCUCUGUGAUGGUAUCUCCUCAAGGAGUUCAAUUGAUUCAUCAUGGAAAUGCAAACUCCAUGUCUGAAUACUACAGGGAAAUGCGUGGUUUCCAUCCUCAGUAUCCAGGUCAUUCAGUAAUUGGAAUUAACUUGGCUAAUCGUGGAAUUGCUGCAUCACAGGUCUCACAAAUUGAUCAUGGUCAGAGACACAAGGUUCCCUCUGUCUCCUCCAUUGAGUCUGUGGGAAGUUAUGGAGAAUCAAAACUUGACGGUUCUCACAUUCGACACCCAAGCUCCAUGGAUUUGUCUCACAUAUCACGGGUUCAGGGUGAGACUGGCUCCCCCUCUUACACUUCUCCAGUGACUAUAACACCCAAAUUGGAGUUGCCUAUCUCCGUGCAGAAGGGACCUAACCAGAUGCCACCGCCAUCCUCAGCCAGUUCUCAGAUGCGAUCAGACUUUAAACUUGACCACACUGGACUUCGGUCUGUUGAUAUGAUGCAGUUGUUGACGAAAUACCCAAUUAUUUGGCAAGGUCACCUGGCACUUAAGAAUGACACUGCAGCAGUACAGCUGCACUUUGUGUCUGGUAACAAUGUUCUGGCUCACCGGUCACUGCCGCCACCAGAAGGAGGUGCCUUUCUUCGCAUUGCCCAGAGAAUGCGCUUAGAGGCCUCACAACUUGAGGGAGUUGCAAGACGUAUGACUGCUGAAAAUGAAUACUGCCUUCUGUUGGCAUUGCCUUGUGGACUGGACCAAGAGGAUGUCCACAACCAGACCCAUGCUCUUAAAACUGGUUUCAUCACUUACCUGCAAGCAAAACAAGCUGCUGGAAUUAUCAAUGUCCCAAACCCAGGCUCAAAUCAGCCAGCCUAUGUUGUCCAGAUUUUCCCUCCUUGCGAGUUUUCUGAAAGCCACUUGUCUCAUCUUGCUCCAGACCUUCUCAAUAGCAUCUCCAAUAUCUCUCCCCAUCUUAUGAUUGUUAUAGCUUCUGUAUAAGAGGGAGAUCCCAGCUUCCCACACCAACAUGCCAACACCAGCCUUUGAGACUUAACAUUUUUUGUUUGUUUUUGUACUCUGGAAAGCACCUCAAUGUUAGUCAAGUUUACUCCUUUUUGGCAAUGUAUUCACUCUUUUUUUGUUCUUUCACCAGCCUUUUAAUCCAUUGACUCAUUGCCGCGUCCGUUUAACUGUAUAUCACCUUAUAGUACACCGAGAUAAAUGGAGCUAUUUACAACGAUCAAUUCUCUGAUCAUUUUUUUUCUCUUUUCUUUUUCUUCUUUUGGAGAUUUGUAUCUAUGGUUUUUAAAACACUGAAGAUCUUUGGGAUUAUUAGGACAUGUGGUUAAGAAACGUUUUAUUGCUUAAGAUUCCUUUUCUGAAGAAUAAUCAGACCAAUCAUUGCACUAUGUUAUGAAAAUCAAAAAAAAAGAAGAAAAACAAGUUUGUACAAAUUUGGUUAUUGAAAUUGUCAUUUUACUUUAUUACUUGGACAUGCUUCAUUCACCAGCCGUUUUUGUGGUAGAGACUAAAAAUGUUGUCUAGUCAAAGUAGUUCAAUUGAAUUCCUUUGACACAUUUUAUAAAAACAAAAAAUAAUAAAUAAUGUAAUCUAAAGCAGCUACUGUUCAAUCAUUAGUAAACAAGUUACUUCCAUGUUAUUUGUAGAAAUGGCUCUCAAUAUAGUCCUUGUUAUCUCCGAAAGGGAUAAAAUGUGGGAGCAUUGGGAGUUGUACAGUUUACACUUGAUGCCUCAAUUGGGGAUUGUAUGAAUACUUUUUUCGCUUUCCUCUUAAUACUUGCAAAGUGAAUCGGGCGAAGGCCUGGUUGUAAAUAUAAUGUAUAUUUAAAGACUUUCAAAGCAGUUGACAAGCAUAACAAGAUUGACAGCCUCUUGCCGUCAACCGUGAAAUUGAACUGUCAGUUACCACUUGAGUAUCAUUUCAGAUUUUUAUUUUGUUGACGUUUUUGAAAUCCAUCCUGUGCCAUAAUUUUUAAAUGGAGAAAACUAAAUGAAUUGAGAUUCAUCAAGUUUUAUUUUGAUACUUGACUUUGUAUUUGUCACUUGAUCUUUAAGGUCUGCUUUUACAUUGCCUUGUUUUAUGCUUUUUGUCCCCUACCUCUAUUUCUAUUUUUUUUAUUUUCAUGUCAGUAACUAUUAGGGGGAAUCUUAACUGAUGACACUGUCCUUAGGACCCCCGAAGUGUUAAAUUCUGUUUUCCACUGUUUCUUUCUUGGUUUUUUGAACAUACCUCUGAAUGUCCAACAAGAACAGUGCAAUGCAAGUGGUAAAUAUACUUUGUAAAGAGGAAAAAAACAACAAUGAAAAUAUGUAAAAAUCUGUCAGGAGACAUGAUAGAGACCGGCUUUUUUGGUCUCCUUUCUUGAUUGGUGUCUCCUUGAGCCAAGCUGUAAAUAAUCAUUUUCAUUUUGUGUUGCUUUUUUUUUUCUCUGUCUUUUGGUCAGGGUCAUUAUUUUGUUUUGUAAGACAAAACAAAAGUAUGUAAAGAAAACCGAUGCAGAAAGUAAACCAUGAGUCUUAGUUUUGCAGUUUCAUUGGGUUACUACAAAUUCUCUCAUGGUCAUUUUGAAGGCACUUACAUUUUUGAUAUACAAAUUUAAAAUAUCAAAAUGCCAAAAGGAAGAGUAAACGGAUACAGCUGAUCUUAAAAUUUUGUCUGAUUUAUCUUAUUUCAUCAUUUUGAGUGUAUUUUGCGGUUCCUCUAUGAGGACAUUUAAAGAUGUAAAAUAAAUUUUGUUU